AUGGAUGAGACGGUUUUAAGAGAGCUGUUUUUUCGGAAAACAUGGAUUUUUGUUUUGUUUCCUUUCGCUCUAACAAUGUUGAUGAUUACAAAACCGGCUUUGAAUAUGAUAAACAAAAGCCAUCCUGCCGUGCUUUCCCAACAAAUGAGGCAAGUUCCUGCUGGAGAUCUUGGCAAGUUUGAGGGCCAAUUUUUGGAUCAAAUGGCCAAACCAAUCCAAAGUACAAUCAUGGAGGAAGAUGUGUCAAACAUCACAGUCGUCAGUUCCUCGGGCGAGGUUUUCAAAGGCUUAAUAGUCAAUGAGCGGAUUAUGGUUCCAUAUGACGAAGCAAAGCAGUUUUGCGAAGAAAAAGGAGCGUUUUUGCCUUGGUUCGAGCUUGCCAAUUCAAAUCUUCUUAGUAGUAGACAGAUUUGGAUUGAAUCAGAGUGUGAUUAUUUUGAAAAGACAAUCGAAGCUUCAAACAAAAUAAGCAAAACGAUUCUGGAUGAUCUUAUGACGAGCUUUGUUCAGGAGCAUCAAACAUUAGAGUUGAUUGGGAGACCUUCCAUACCGGGCUUUUCUCCAUGUCUCGUUCCCUCUAAAAAAUUAACAGAUUUCGGAAGGAAUAUCUUUGCAAAAACACGACUGACGAAUUGGGACGAGCAGUUCUCUAUCAGAGUCAAGAAAUUUUAUGCGAUUUACAGAAGAUAA